AUGUCACGAACAACAAUAUGCUUAGUAUCUUCUUUGGUUAUUCUUGUUGCUUUGAAUAGCAGUCAUGCUUGGAACUUUGGCAACAUGGACCAAAUUGCACAAUCUUUUCUUCAACGACAUGGAAUGCAAGCAUCAGGUAAUGGUAAUGGUGGCCACGGAAAAUUUGCCAUAACAUCUUGUGUCAGUGCUGCAUCUACUGGUAAUUAUAUGGCAUGUGUCGGUCAGUUGGCUCAUAAAAUUUGGACUUUACAUAAUUGGAGUGAAGAUACACCGAUUACACUUUGUGGUAUGCAAUGCAUUGGCAAUCUUAAAGGACGUAUUUCAAAGUUGAAAUGGAAAUGGGAUGCUAAAUUUCGAUGUGAUGGUAAAGCACCAGGUAUCUAA